AUGUUGGCAAUUACAUCCAAGGGUGACGAAGGGACCACAAAGGAUUUGGUCAGCAAACACAACGGUUAUGAGAAUCUGUCCUUUUGUCCGUCCAACAUCGCCACUGCCUUUGGGAUGACUUAAACAGGAACUGAAGAAAACACUGCUAGUCAGAGGAUAGAAGGUCUAAACUUGACACAAGAGAACGACGCCUUGCAUGCUGCCUUACAGAAACUAUUUGGGGAAAUUAAAACCACGAACGCCGCAUACACCCUUAGCACAGCUAACAACAUGUUCGUCGACCAGAAAUUCAAAGUGUUGGACGAAUAUUUGAAGGUGAUCCAAUCGUCAUUCAAAUCCCAUGUCACAAACGUCAAUUUCGCCCAAGAUUCCGAAGGUUCCCGUUCAACCAUAAAUACAUGGGUAGACAAAGAAACCAAUUUAAAAUUCCAGGAUUUGAUUCCAUCGGGGGUGCUCACGGCGCAGACGGUAAUUGUCUUGGUCAAUGCGAUAUACUUUAAGAGAAAAUGGGCCAAGAGAUUUUCGCCAAACGUCACGUAUUCGAAAUCAUUUCAGUUGAAGAACGACAAGAAAAUUCAAGUGGACAUGAUGUACAAAAGUUCCAAAUUCCCCCUAGGCUAUCUCGCUGAGCUAGAUUGUCAAAUCCUGGAGCUACCGUACGUUGAGCAUGACCUGAGCAUGUUCAUUUUGCUUCCAAGGAGAGCAAACGGCCUCACGCGUCUGGAAGAGUCUCUCACACCAGAAAUACUUCAGUCAGUCCGGAGCUUCAUCUUCUUACAACACGUUCAAGUCCAUCUUCCGAAAUUUAAACUAGAAGAAGGGGUGGAGCUUUCGGGCAUCCUCCAGCAGCUUUGGAUAAAGGACCUGCUCGCGGAAGGUGUGGCUGACUUGUCAGGUAUCGAUGGCACGAAGGAACUGUACGUCUCCAAUGUCGUCCACAAGGCUUUCAUCGAAGUGAACGAAGGGGGCACCGAAGCUGCAGCUGCCACAGGCUUUGGGCCUAUUACCAAAUCCAUGACUCAGCAUUUUAUCGCGGAUCAUCCAUUUCUGUUUUUUAUCAUGCUUAAUCGGACUGGCGCGAUUUUGUUCGUUGGGCGCCUUUCUCAACCGCAAGAGUCAGGGAAAGAAAAGGAUGAAGUGUAAGAGCCAUUGAGGAUUGUAUAAAAUGUAUGUUAUACAUUCCAUACAGAACGGUUGGUGUGAAACAUUUGGAAAUUUCUAAGCUCUUAUAUUCGCACAGUUCUAAGUCAUGAUUUACAUAUUGCGAUAAUAUCCCAAGUAAAGCAUGUCUUAAAGUCAUUCUGGUAUUUU